AUGGAUGUUCGUUGUGUUGUCGCGCCAGACGCCAUGAUUGGUUGCCCACAUAAUGGCUAUAGCUAGCUAACGUUAACAGUUAGCUAGCUAUUGGGCUAAUGUAGAAGCAACUGUCGUUGUGGGUAGAUGGCAAAGCUUCACAAUGUCUGAGCUUUUUAUGGAAUGUGAGGAAGAGGAGCUGGAGCCAUGGCAGAAACAGACACCAGAAGUUAAUUUGUUAGAUGACGACAAUCAUGAUGAUGAUGACGAUGAACCUAUAUUUGUUGGGGAGCUCAGUACUCCAAAGGGCACCACUAACACCAGAUCAACAAACAACCAAAGGAAUAUCAAGACCACGCCACUUCAAAGUAGUGGAGUUGGAAGAUCAGAAGCCUCCAGGGUGACAUUGACACAAAAUUUCCCACAAUCUCAUCUCCCUAGGAGUCCAGUUCCCCAGAAAGGGUUGAACAAUGUACCUCGAACUUUAACAGCAGUAUCUCCACAGCCCAUUAUUAUCAACAACCAGGGUUACAUCGUGACCUCACCACAGUUAUCAGCCAACUCUGCUUUCAUCACUACCCUUGGAAAACAGUAUCCCCCUGGGACAUCUUUCACUGUAGUUCCGGCUGGCCAGCAGCACAUUCUGCAGCAGAUGACCCCAGCCCCAGGCCAGCAACACAUUCUGCAGCAGGUUUCUCCAUCAGCUGGUCAGCAACACAUUCUGCAGCAGGUUACUCCGGGAAAGCCCAUUCCUGGGGUUAUCCACAGGCCUCAAGUGCACAUGAUCAAUAACAACGUAGUGACCUUGUCAAAUGUGCAGGGCCCCGCUGCAUUGUCUUCCCAGCCCAACCGUUCAACUUCUACCAAUCUCCAGAUUGUGUCCCCAGUCAUUCAAACCAAAGGUAAUAGCUGGGACUACGGCAAACGAGGUUUAUCUCAAGACCAAAACAGCACAGCUAAAAAAGCUAAACAUGACAUAGGUUCACCACACGCCCAGGAGUUAUUAGAAAAUGGGACACAUUUUUGUAAAAAAUGUCCGAAGUGUAAAUUUGAUUUCUACCAGCAAAUUGUUCUGAAAGAUCAUAUGAUUAAAUGCUGUCCUCAGCUGGUGGAGUGUGUCUUCCCAACAACCCCAAAGUCUACUUACCUUUUUGCAAGCAAGCGCAUCAUGCUUGUCACAGACUUCUACUAUGGUAGAUUUGAGGGAGAAAAACCAAAAUCACAGCAGCAGAAGACCCCAACUACAUUCAAGUGUCAGAGCUGUUUGAAAGUACUCAAGAAUAACGUCAGGUUCAUGAACCAUAUGAAGCACCACCUCGAGCUGGAGAAACAGAACAGCGAGAGCUGGGAAAGCCACACUACCUGCCAACACUGCUACCGGCAGUACUCCACCCCAUUCCAGCUGCAGUGCCACGUGGAGAGUGCACACAGCAUGGUUGAAUCCUCAACCAAUUGCAAGAUCUGUGAAUUGGCCUUUGAGUCUGAGCAAGUGCUCCUGGAACACAUGAAAGAUAAUCACAAGCCCGGUGAGAUGCCCUAUGUCUGCCAGGUCUGCAACUACAGGUCGUCAUUUUUUACUGAUGUGGACAUACACUUUCGUACCGUGCAUGAAAACACAAAGGAUCUCCUUUGUCCUUUCUGUCUUAAAGUUUUAAAAAGUGGCCAUGUCUACAUGCAGCACUAUAUGAAGCAUCAGAAAAAAGGGAUUAAUCGUUGUGGUAAAUGCCGGCUGAAUUUCCUGACCUACAAAGAGAGAGUGGAUCAUAAGACUCAGCACCAUAAGACUUUCCGAAAACCCAAAGCCCUGGAAGGUCUUCCUCCUGGAACAAAGGUGACUAUCCGGGCCUCUCUGUCAGGGCCUUCUCCUGCUUCUGCCCGUGCUACUGAGAAAUCCAGUGUGAGUGUCAUACCAGAGGUCCCAGGCAUGACAGCAGCCAGUAUAAAAGCUCAGAGCAGUAAAUCUCUCACUCAGAGCUCCAGUGGAGGGAAAGGCAAAGUCACAGUCAGCAAGAAGCGACUUAAGCAGCAGAAGAACAACCAUGCGCUGAAGAGCCUCAGUGUUGGUGAAAGAAGACACACCUGCAUUGAGUGCUACACUGAGGUUGAUGACUUCUAUAGUCACUAUCCCAUGGUUGCAAUUUGUGGCGCAUGCAAAUAUCGGACUAGUUGCAAAACGUCUUUUGGAAACCAUAUGAUAAGAUUUCAUAGUGCCAUUUCAAAAGAGAGAUUCCGGAAAAUGCGGAAAAUCCCAGUUGUACUAAGGAAUUUAACUCUUGUCUGUCUGAACUGUGACUUCCUGGCGGAUGCACAUGGAAGUGACCUCAUGAGCAAGCAUUUGAUUGACCGACCCCUCCACGUCUGUAAGGUCAUACUAGAGAAAGGAGAAGGUGGUGCUGUAGAUGACGGCAUACGAGGAAACGAACAAGGAACGUCUGCUCUGAUGCUCCCUGAUAAUCAGGAAGUUGAAACUGCCAAGAUGAGUGGAGCGUUUGACCAACUCCCCAGAUUAAAGGAGGCCUCUGAUGUCUUGUGUAUUAACCAAGCAGCUGAAAAAGAGGAUGGGCUUGAGGUUAUGCAUGUUGAUACCCAGAAGUCAGGAAGAUGUGAUGUUAUUCUACUAGACAAUGAUGAUUCAACUGUUAACCAGCUAGAUGAGGCAGAAGUGCAGGGGCUUAUGCAGAUCUCUGUAGCAGAUCAGGGCCAGGCUGUUACACAAGCUACAGAGCCAGAAACACCCAUGGAAAUUUCAGCUGAGGAGGACCAGUCUUUGCAAUCAGAGCUUGUGGAUAGAGAGACCAUCAUAGAAGGCUCAGUGGAGAAGGAGCAGCAGCGAGUAGAGCAGUCCUCACAAUCGGGCCCCAUGGAAACCUCAGUUAAGGGAGAGUUGAGGGAGGAGCAGCCAGUGACUAGUUCUAGGGCCUGUGAGAUAGCUGGAGAUGCAGUGUGUUUACGUGAGUCAUUAGACAAACCAGCAUCUGAGAGUUUGGAUGACACUGAAGAGGUCAGCGCUUCCCUACAGCCCCUCCCGCCCAUAAAGGUUAUUGACCAAGAGGUGACUGAUAAUGUGGAGGCAAAGGAAAACACUCCGUCCACUCAAAGUCCACCUGAAGGCCCACAUCACUCCCCAGACAACAGCUGCAUUCCCAAUAGUCCUGACACUGAAGGAAAUGGGAGCCUUGGAGUCGAGGACAAAAUGUAACUGGACCUCUUGCUUUGGCUGUAAAACAGAAAAACUCUUCUCAUCUGAAAUUAAGAAUACUGCAUAUUACUGAAAUGUAUUUCUCGUCCCCAUAUUCUUUACAUUGACUUUCCUUGACCAGAUUGAGAUGAGAUGUGCUAUAUGUUUAAGAUUUGGCAUUUGAAAAACAAGCAUUUCUUUUAACUGCAAGAUUUUACUCUCGUCAAAUUUGGUUGUAAGCUUUCAAUGAAAGUUAAACUAGUACACAGUGUGAAGAAUGUUUUUGAUGUCUGGAUUCUAAAGGAUGUGCUUUCUGUUUAAGUCGUUUUAUACUACAGUAAUAUGCACACAUUACAGGGAGAUGGGUUCAGAUAAAGGCAAUGCCUUUGUUGGUGUAUUUUGGACCAGUUGUAUACCCAUGGGAUUGAUUUCUGUAGUGUCAAAAGAUUAACAAAAAACUCUGAAUGUUAAUGCUUUCCUUGAUCUAUGAACCUGUACUCCCAAGUGUGCAAAAUCAUGGAAAUAUCUUCACUAUCCUUCCACUAGUAGAUAGGUGUUUUAUUAUUUUGGAUAUGUCCUCUACUUCCAUUGAAGUGUUUGUCUCUUUAAAUAUAUUGUAAUCCAUAAUCACUUUCCCUUUAAUCUUCUGUCUGUAGUUGGAGAGCAAUACAAUGGAUUUGAAUCAUUGUUUCCAUUGCAGUCUUGCUAACAUGUAAAUAAACUUUGGUAAUACAGUACAAAAUAGCUGAUGUGCUGUUGAGACUU